AUGCCUCUCACUAAGCAGACCAUGGAUUUUGUGGUUGACGGCUUGCCUGAGUCCACCUCACCAAAUCUUCACCUGAGCCAUCCUACUCCAGAAGAAUGCGUCCAAAUAUCAACCAAAACCUCAGCCUCGUGGAAGGACUCACUGACUCUUCCGGUUUAUCUUGAGGAGUCGAAAUAUCUGGCGACCGUGCCUCUCGCGAAAAAUAACGGCCUGACAAUGUGGAUCCUGGUUGAUAAGAAUCUCCCACAAAACGAACGACCCAUUCUUUGCUCCUGUGAGAGUUUUCGCAAGCGUUCUCUGACAAGCGAUGCGGAUGGGAAUGUCGAGGAUAACAUGGUCCAUGGAAUUGCCAGUGUCUACUGUCCACCCGAAUACCGGGGUCGUGGCUAUGGAACUCGCCACAUGAAAGAGAUGGCCAAGGUACUUUACAGCUGGCAAUCGGAGCAGGUCAAAUGUGUCGGUAGUGUGCUUUACUCAGACAUCGGGAAAACCUACUACGCCAACUUAGGAUGGAAGCCCAACCCUACCAACUCACAUGUCCUUUUUCAGCCCGCGAAGAUCGCGAAACGGCGGAUCGCAAAGGAAAUUAUGGAGGGAGACCUCGCAGAGCUCUGCGACAGGGACGAAAAGAUGGUCCGGAAGAUCAUGGCGACCCCUGCGAAAGCCAAGAGACGUCUAACGAUAGUCCCGGAUCUCGACCACAUGCUCUGGCACAUUGGAAAGGAGGACUUCGCCACUCAAUUUCUCUUCGGCAAGAUUGCACAAGCCAAGGGAGCAAUUGCUGGUCCGCCAGGAAGACAGGUGUGGGCAAUCUGGACGCACCGCUACUACAACCACCCGGAUGCGGAAUCCCCCGACAAUGUCCUUUACAUUCUGCGGCUUGUCGUGGAAGGCCAGGACAGUCACGCGGAGAUUUUUGAAGAGCAAGUCGAUUACCUGACGGCCGUGCUCCAGACUGCUCAAGCUGAGGCUACGGACUGGAGGCUCAAUUGUGUCAAUCUGUGGAACCCUACACCGUUGGUACGCAGCAUGAUAGCCCAGAGCGGUAUAGAAUACUCCAUGGUUGAGCGGGAAGAUGACAGCAUUGCAAGUGGUCUAUGGUAUGAUGAAAAUGGUGGAGUGGGGCCGGCGCCAGAAUGGCUUAACAAUGAGCAUUAUGCCUGGUGUUAA